AUGUGGUGUGAUCCACCUUCAAUACCAGCGACUGAUGUCACACAGUCAAAUUCUUUAAUGCCACAUUCAACAGCAAAUACUGAUAAAAAACAAUUAUCAUUUGUUUAUCAACCUGGUAUUGGAUUGUAUGAUAAGAAAAAAAUUGAACUCGAUCAAGAUUUAAGAAUAACAUCAUCGACAGCUGAUGUUGAUGAACGAAUACAAUCACUUGAAAUCUCUCCAACAUUCUCAUCUGACGUUGAUCAUCGAUUGUCAUCUUCAUCAUCUCUCGAAUCACCCUCACCUAAUUCGAAAACAAAUAAUUUAUAUAAAUCAUAUUUAAGACGACAAAAUGAACAAGAUUCAUUACCAAUUCGACAAAAAUUGUUCUCGUCAGAUGAUACAUCAAUCGAUAAAAAUCUCAAAAUAUCUGACGUUAAUGAAACAACAAAUCAGGAAAAUAAUCAAAAACGAAAAUCUGAUCAAAAUUCAAUUUCGAAUAAAAAACUAUGUCAAUCCCCGACAUUAAUAACAAAACAGCAAUCACAAACUGAAGUUGUUUCAAAAUCUAUAUCCAGUGAAAACACAAGAUGUGAGAAAAAUUUACUCGAUGAAGAACUCAAUCGUCAAAAAGCGAAAUUUAUAGUUAAUGAUGAACAAAAAAAUAAACAAAAAUCAUUACCGAUUAAACAACGAUCGAGUUCAAACGAACGAUUACAAAAACAAUCUCUCACGACAAUAAUAAAAAAUAUUCCAAUGGUGAAAAAACUAUCAUCUGAAAAUCACAAACCUCAAAUAAAUUCAACUGAUAAAGAAACACUUUCGAUACCAUCUCAAGGUUUACUUCUUUGCCCAAAAGAUGAACCAAUAAAAAAGAAGAAGAAAAAGAAAAUAGCUCCAAUUAUAACUUCAAACACUCAAUUAUUGGAUGAUGAUUCAGUACUUGAUUCAAUUCUAUUCAAUGAAAUGCAAUCAGUUCAACAACAAUGGCAACAAUUUUUAACUUUAACAAUGGAAAAAGAAUUACAUAUAAAUCCAUCAGAUGGAAAACGUAAAUUAAAAAUAAAUAAAUUUCAGCGUACAAAUGAAUUUUUGUUAGCUUAUGAAAAUUUAUAUGAUUUUGAAGGUAUGAAACAUUGGUAUCCAACAUCAAGGUGA